AUGAAAUCGGCCCGUGUUAUUCAAGACACCGUCAGCAAGGAGACGAACUCUAAGGACUACCCAGUAUGUGACCAAUGUAGGACCAAAAAGAUACGUUGUGGCAGGGAGAAGCCUACAUGCGCCAACUGCUCCCGUCUGGGACAGGAAUGCCACUGGUCUGGCAACGGCAAAAAGUGCAAUCAAACCGCCAUGCUUAGCAACGCCAUCGUGGGGCUGGACAGCCGCCUCGAGAAUCUGGAGAACUCCGUGAGACGACUACUCCGAGAGUCGUCGGUUUCCAUACGUUCAAGGUCGCCCACGGCCGAGUCCAGUCGUCCACGUUUUCUGCCAGACGUAACUCCCGGGCCGAGGGCGCCAACCUUCUCAAGGCCCUUGGGCCGUUUUCUGCCUUGCCAAAACGACGAAGUGGGUGAGAGGUAUUUUGGUCCUACAGCUUUUGAGAGCAUAGCGUUGGACAUCAAGGAUGCUAUCUCUGCAAAUCUGGACUCCGACCCGCAGCGCCCGGGGCAGGAUCCUCUGAAGGCUCAGCAGAAGAUCGACCAACUCCUGAGUAAUAACUGCGACAUGCAACGAGAGCCAGCCACGGAGAUGUCUCCACUGAUCCCGCCUCCUUUUGCGGUCCUCGACGCCAUGGUUGAGCCCUACUUUGCCACAAUCAACCCGCACUUCCCCAUCUGGACAAAGGCUCGGUUCUGCCAGAUGGCGGCCGCAUUACGCCAGUCUUUGUCUGGUGCUGGUAGUAACAUUGCGGGACAACAUCAACAACAGCAACAAGAUCAAGCAUCCAUAGUCUGCUGCAACAACCUCAUUCUCAUGACGCUGGCUGCAGACUCUGCUCGCCCCGGAAAACCUACCCAGUCCGCGAAGCAUGUGCGCCGAAGCUCCUCAACUGCCUCCUUCGCCUCCGGAAGCUUGGACUUGGCGUCAGGAUUCCUCGACAAUGCAAAGAGGGCAGUGGACAACAUUGAGCCACUGCUGGCACCUCGCCUCAGAAAUGUCCAAGCACUCUUAUCCCUGUGCAUGGUAGCGCAGCAACACAUGUCAACAUGUGUCUUCGAGAUGCUGUUCUCCUUGGCCGCUCAGUGUGCAAAAGCCCUGGGUAUUCAUCAUUGGCAUACGUACCGGGGCCAGCUCAACGACGAGGAGACUGAGGAGAGGCGGAACGUCUCUUGGUGCCUGUACACCCUGGACAAGAUAGUCUGCUGGACGAGCGGCACAUCCCCCAGCAUCACCACAUCGGACGUGAUGAUCGACUUGGCGCCGUUGUCCCCUCAGGACACGCUCGCCAGACACCUGGCGGCAAAAGCAGAGCUGGCGGCCAUUGAAGAGGCCAUAUACAUGGAAGUAUACGCGGUGCAGGUCAGGGAUCGAAGUUCCGAAGAGGCCCGCCAGUCAGCCUUCAAGAUCUGGAGCAGACUGCAGGACUGGUUGGUUGCCACAGGAAUUGACCUAGACGGGGUGCAGAACGACAGCGCAGCAUCUGAAAGCCCGCCAUUCUCGCAGGCAGAACUGGCGCUUGACUUCGUCUUCACGCAGCUGCUGCUCGUCUGGCCCUACAGGGAACAUGCCGAAACCGUGUUUCACCAGGAUCAAACUGGCCCGGAGCUUGCCAGGAGUUGUCUGAGAUGUAUGCUGAGCCUUUGGUCGUUGAGAUCGGACCACGGCCGUCAUACAGCCAUGUCACGCAUCAUCGCAUCCCACCCUCCGCUCUACCUACUCGAGAUGUGCACGAGCAUCCUGAGCGGCGCGGGGUCGCAAUCUGACGUCGACCUGUUGGGGGAGUUCAUCGUGCUGCUUGAGAAAGUGACGGAUUUCCGAGAGAGGUCGCAUACCCAGCGGCUAUACCAGCUGGCCAUCAUCGUCAUGGACGCCGUUGAUGGUAAAAUCAACACUGCACAGCAGCAGCAGCAGCAACAGAGACAGGGACAGCAGCGAAAGCGUCGAAGGACCGGUUCUGCCCUGGAGCAGCGCCAGGCAUCCUCCCCAUCGUCCCUGCAGGAGGAACAGGAAGCUGACCACCAUCCGCGUGGGAGUGGCUCCUUCCAUACAAAUAACAACUCAGCAACGGCAGUCGCAGCUGCCUCUAACGAGGAUAUAUUUCCUCCCUACGACCUGUCGCCCCACGAGAUUGACUUCCGCCAAGGCUUUUUCCCGGGAUUGACUUUCCCGGCUUGGGACGAGAGCAUGGCAGACGUGGCCACGGCGGUUUCGUCGUCCACGACUCGGGGAAGCGGGAUUUCCAGCCGAGCUAGCCUGAACGAGGAGCCGGUUGCGGCGGUGAGCGGCUAUAGCAGAACCAUUUCGGACUACGCCGGCGCAAUCGCCUACGAGUCAUGA